GCCUCUCCACACUCCAGGGGAGAGGAGGAGAAGCCCCCCACCGAAACUGCAGUGACGGGCAGAGAUGAGGCUGGGACCACUGGGCUGUUUGGUGGCCGGGCUGGCUCUGGGGGUAGCCAGCAGCCCCCUGGGAAAGGCCCCGGCCCGGGAGUUACAGAUGACAAGCGGGAACCCUGAGUGGCUCAUGAGUCGUGAGACUAAAAGCCAGAACACUACCGGCCAUGACUGCGAGGGCUGCUGUCCACAGGAUGACUCCCCGGAGCUGGAGUCUGAGAGGAGCCAGAGACCAAAGGGACUACAGGCCCGACUUGAUGAAGAGGGGGACAGAUUCCUGAGGAAGAAGAAGAGAAAAACUGGCUACUGGUCCUUAAUUGGAAAAUCCAAUUCCUCAAUGAUUAACCACUCAUCUGGUAAUGCAACAUUUCAGAGGAUACUGUUGAAGCUUCAGAACGAGUCAGGUGUUACCCAGCAAGGGGCAGACCCUGAAAGACCCGCUCAACAGGACAGAUCCCUGAAGAAGAAGAAGAGGGGAAAACCUGGCUCCUCGUCCCUAAUUGGAAGAUCUAAUCCCACAGCGAAUAACCACUCAUCGGGUAACGCAACAUUUCAGAGGAUACUACUGAAGCUUCAGAAUGACACAGGUGUUACCCAGCAAGGAGCAGACCCUGAAAGACCCCCUCAACAGGCGGCUGUCUCCAGAGAACACUGUUUUGGUUGCUGUACUUCCCAACUCUACAGGUCUCUUAGGAAAACAGAAGAAGAUGCAUCCAGAGAAGUGGAUCCCAUAAACUUCAAGCAACCUGAUCAAAAAGAAUCCUAGUCCUGAGGCUAAAACCCAAGCCCACCCAACCAGCUUCCCCUUGAGGUUGAGUUGUGAGGCCUCUCAUCGAGGCAACUGACAUCUUGUUGAUAAAUCCACCAAAGAAA